AUGGCCGACGACAGAAGGAUGUUUUGUCCGGCUAUUGGGAUAGACCUGGGGACGACGUACUCCUGCGUUGCUGUGUUGCAACAUGAUAGAGUAGAGACAAUAGUUAAUGAUCAGGGGAAUAGAACGACGCCAUCGUGUGUCGCAUUCACUGAUAUGCAGCACUUCAUCGGUGAUGCCGCCAAGAACCAGAUCGCCAUGAACCCCACCAACUCCGUCUUUGAUUCAAAACGGUUGAUCGGUAGGAGAUUCAGUGAUCCCUUGGUUCAGAGCGACAUAAAAUCGUGGCCAUUCAAGGUCAUUGAAGGUUCUGAUGACAAGCCUAUGAUCAGUGUCACUUAUAAGAAUGAAAUCAAGAUGUUUUCUGCCGUGGAAAUCUCAUCAAUGGUGCUACAAAAGAUGCGUGUCAUUGCAGAGACUUACCUGGAAACGACUGUGAAAAAUGCAGUUGUUACCGUCCCCGCUUACUUCAAUGAAGCGCAGCGUAAGGCUACAAUGGAUGCUGGCCGCAUUGCAGGCCUAAAUGUCAUGCGCGUACUCAAUGAACCAACAGCCGCCGCCAUUGCUUAUGGCCUUGACAGGGCGGUACUGGGUAGUAUUUGUAAAAGAAAUGUGUUGGUCUUUGAUUUGGGCGGCGGUACAGCAGAUGUCUCAGUUCUUACCAUUGAGGGAAAGAAAUUUGAAGUGAAAGCUGUUGCCGGAGAUACUCACCUUGGAGGUGAGGACUUUGACAACAGAAUGGUUAACCAUUGUGUAGAAGUAUUUAAAAGGAAGCACAAAAAAGACAUAAGUGGAAACGCCAAAGCUAUGAGAAGGUUGAGAACUGAAUGCGAGAGAGCUAAGAGAGUUCUUUCUUCUGCACUUGAUACUAAUAUUUCCGUGGAUGCACUGUAUGAGGGUAUUGAUUUUAUCUCAAAUAUCACUCGUUCCAAAUUUUCAGAACUCAAUAUGGAUUUCUUCAAGAAGUCUGUUAAACUUGUGGAAAAAUGUUUGGUUGAUGCUAAGAUGGAGAAGAGAAAUGUUCAUGAUGUUGUUCUUACGGGUGGUUCUUCCAGAAUACCGAAGGUCCAGCAGCUGUUGCAGGAAUUCUUUGACGGCGUGGAGCUCAAAAGGAGCCUGAACCCCGAUGAAUCAGUGGCUUAUGGAGCCGCUGUCCAAGCUGCAAUCAUGGCUGGUACGAGGAAUGAGAGAGUUCAAGACAUUGUGCUUGUAGAUGUCAUUCCUCUAUCCCUUGGGGUGGAGACCAACGAUGGUACAAUGUCUGUUGUGAUUCCAAGAAAUACCACCAGUCCCACCAAUAUGGAACGAAACUACACAACGGUCGACGACAACCUAACUAGUAUUUUGUUCUGUGUUUACCAGGGAGAAAGAACAAGAGCUGCGGAUAAUUAUUUGUUGGGAAAAUUUACGCUUUCUGGCAUUCCUGCUGCACCCAGGGGUGAUGUUACGAUCGUUGUCUCCUUUAAUAUUGACAUCAAUGGCAUCUUGAAGGUUUCUGCUCGGGAGAAAACUUCUGGCGUGAGCGACAGGAUCACUAUCACCAACGACAUGAGGGCGAGAGUGACCGAGGAAGAGAUUAAUAGGAUGAUCAAGGAUGCAGAGAUUUUCAAGGCUGAAGAUGAUAAAUACAAAGAGAAAGCCAAGGCUAAGGUAAUUUUAGAGGGCUAUGCCUAUGAGAUGAAAAAUGCUGUGGAGGAUGAAAAUAUUAGUUGCAUGCUUGAGCCUGCAUUUAAGAAGAAGAUUGAAGAUGCCAUUAUCCAUUUGACUCAGUGGUUAGACUACUUCCAGCAUGCGAUGGUAAACGAGAACUUGAUCAAGGAAAAUCUGGAAAAGAUUACACCAUACUACGAUCACAUCAUUGCAGAGAUCAACCGACAUAAACAAUCGAGCAGCUCCACCUGA